AUGUCUGAAGCAAUUGUCAACAAGUAUGUUGCAACAUCAGACAAGCUUGGUGACCUACGUGCCAUACCAGUUGGCAAAUGGGACAAACAAUUCAAAAACCAAUGUCUUCGGAAUCGGGAUCAGCUACUCUAUGUUGAUCUCUGCCAGGCCAUGAAUGCUGGUGAUAUUUGUCAAGUUGAAGCAUGUUUCCUGCUGUGGAUCUAUAUAUUUUAUGCAACUGGCAAGCAUAAAUAUGCAGCACAAAUCAACAAGUUUUCAAUAAACUUACAAUAUGUAUAUCCCAAAGACUUGUGUCACAUAAUAUCUGUGGAUUGGUUGGUAGAGCAAAAUAAUUUGUACACAAAGGUGUUCCACAACUGCCACAUCAUUGUGGAGAACACAUUUUACCUGAAAAACCGAACCAUCCAGCACACACACCCAGACAUGACAGCCACCAUUGAGAAGCUUCGAUCAUAUAUCCAGUCAACGUUGUCAUAUAUAUCACAAAGCAGGAGUACAAAGCAAGUUAUUGAAGACCAGAUUGCAGUUGAGAUGAAGCUAAUACAACAAAAAAAAGUUAGCCAAACAAUGUCCGGUGAAGAACACUAUGAAGCAGAGCCACAGGAUUUCAUUAAUAACUAA